AUGAAGGGCAAAAACAAAGGAUUCUUUGGAUGCCUCCGAAGAGGCAAUAAACACAGAGUUGUUAAUAUCUAUGACAGGCAAGCUCUGAUCGAGAACUUUCAUAAGUUUGAAGAUUGGAAAAUGACAGAUGAGACUUUAAUCGAUCUUGCGAAGAGGUUUCAAGCACACUGAACUGAUGAAAUGGACAAAAACCAGUUUAAAUCAAUGAUGGGAGUAAUCGGAGAGACCUACUUCGCAUCUCGUAUGUUCGAUGUAAUAGACACCGAUCAGAAGGGUUCAAUCAAUCUUGGCGAGUACCUUGACUUCAAUGACAUUAUGAUGAACGGGACUGACGAACAAAAGAAACGGCAAAACUUUAGAAUGCUUGAUAUUAAAGGCAAGGGUGAAAUUGAUUAUACAAGCUUUGAGGAGUUCAUCUUUAAUAUUAUUGAUAUGUUCCACCAGACAUUGUCCCAGAAAGUUGAGACAGAGAAGGACAGUAUCAAGCACAAGUUUUAUGAGAUUUCACAAGGGAAGGAAGCCAUUACUUACCAGGAAUAUUCUAAAGCUCUUGAGAAGAACCCCAGGCUAUUUGAUUGGUUGGAGAGACCAAAGGAAAUCGUCAAUGAUAUUAUUAAGGAGACUAAAUAUGAGAAGGAAACUGUUGAUAAGAUCCUUGACUUGAUAUAUAAGUAUAUUCAGGAUACCAAAGAGAAGGUAAGGAAGGCUAGGAGGUAUAAUUCGAAGAGGCGGACCUCUUCGGUAAGGUCAAUUGAUAAUUCAGCACAUUUUGCAGAUGAGCAAUUUGUAAAUAGUCCUUUUCGCAAAAAUAAUCCCUUUAUUUCUAAGAAAAAGCAAUCCCAGAAAAGGCAAGCUUAUGAAGAAUCUGAGGAUUAUGAUGAUGGGAUGGAUGAAGGAGUGCCAGUGAGCAAGCACAAUAAUCUUGAUUUUUUUAAAGAAUACUUGAAUAAGCCUGCUUUUAACCAUCUUGCCCCAUUCAGGACUCCUAUGAAUAAAGGAAUCUCAAUGAUUAAUGAAACUUGGAGAAGCCAGAAGUUCCUAACUGAGAAUAACACAUCAGAUUUUUACGAUAAAUCCAGAGAAAAGAUAGAAGUUGACUUGAGAAAGCAUCGUUUUGAAAGCAGUAAGAACAUAAAAGCUAGGAGCCAGAACCGGGCACAUUAUACGCCAUCAAGAAGCAAGAAGAAACAGAAAGAUAAGAGUUUCGAUAUCUCUUCAAGGAAGGAAGAAAUAAAGGAAUGCGACAGUGACCAAGAGACUGAGAAAUACUGUGACAAUUCUUACAGAGGUUUUGACGAAAUUGAUGUGGGUGAAUCCCGAGUUACAUACGCCCAGGAGUAUAGCCUCAUUUCUGACGUCUGCGACCAGAUUUACGAUUCUCUUUCAGAGCUUGAGACUAAUAUUAGGAACUGAUUCCUUCCUCCUAGUAAGAAUGAGGUUAGUAGCUUUAAUAAGAUGAGACAGUCUCUAUUGAAACGGAAUGAGAGAAGGAAGACUAUGGUUAUAAAUAAUGUCCCCCACCGCAAGUUCAGCAAAGCCAAGGGCGAGCCUUUGGGAGCAAAAGAAAAUAGAUUCAUUGAGGAGGUUAAAAGGAACAACAAAGAGACAGUCAAGCUAUUUGAUCAAGACUUUGAUAAGGUCUUUAACAUCAUGCUUGGGAUCAAUAGAUCUGUAUUUUGGCUGUUUGAUUCUCCUUACUACAAGAUCCUAGAUCAGGACUUCACUGCAAAAUUUGAGUACAAUAACCAAUGGUACUCUCAACAGGGAACAAAUGUGAGAGUUUUUACAUUUACUGAUUAUGCACCAAAAGUGUUUGAGGAAUUUCGGAAAAUUGAUGGAAUCUCAAACGAAGACUAUGCCAAGGCUCUUGGUCCUUCAAAUAUCUUUAAGUACAUUUGGAGCAACAACUUGUCAACUUUCAAAGAGCUCUGAUCCACAGGAAAAAGUGGAAGUUUGUUCUAUUACACUGAAGACGGUAAAUACAUGCUGAAGACUAUCCAUAAGGCUGAAUUUACGAAGAUGAAGGCUAUUUUGAAGAAGUAUUAUAUUCAUUUGAAGGAGUGACCUAAUUCCGUUAUUAAUAGGUUCUAUGGGCUACACAAGAUUAAUUAUGUAGAGAAUGGAAAGUCUCGAGAGCAAUACCUUGUCAUUAUGAAUAACCUCUUUGGUCACUACGAAGUUGACUGCAGGUAUGAUCUGAAAGGAAGUUUUACAGGAAGAACAACCAAGUUCGGACCUGAUGAAGAACCUGACAAAACAAUAGCGCUUAAGGAUAAUAACUUCUUAGAGAAUCAUGAAGGCUUUGAUAUUGAUCAAGAAGUCAGGAAAGAGCUGCUGAAAUCUAUGCGAAGAGCAUCGGAUUUCCUUGGAAGUUGAUCUAUUCUUGAUUAUUCAACACUUGUUGGGAUCAUAGAUUUAAAGAAGAGGAAAGACUUGUAUGAUAGCCGCUUGCUGGAUCCAGAAGAUCCGAUUUGAGAACUUUUCAAGAAUAACCCUAAAGUUUCUCCCCAUAGAGGAUGAUUCUUCAGUAAGGAUAGAGAAAGACUAUUUAUUGUUGGAAUUAUUGAUACCUUGACAAACUAUACAACCAAAAAGAAGCUAGAAUAUAGGCUGAAGAAGAUUAAAUAUGGGCACACCAUGAGCUGAAUUCCUCCGAAGGCAUACGCAGAAAGGUUCUACAAAUUUAUGAGAGCAACUGUCUUCCCCAAGACCGAUGAAUCCUGUAGCAUAAACUCUGAUGAGCCAUUGAUUAAAAAUUAGGGCUAAAGUUGAUACAAAAAUUUAUAUAUUUAAGUUGAC